AUGCAACUGCUAGCUGUUGAGCCAUGUGCUGACAAGACAGCAUGGAAACUCAGAAGGCAUGGGCAACUGACAUUCCUAGAGGCAUGGGCUACACAUCAAAUCAACAGCAUGGAAACUCAGAAGGCAUGGGCAGCUGACAUUCCUAGAGGCAUGGGCUACACAUCAAAUCAGCAGCAUGGGAACCUAAUGGGCAGCUCAGACAAAUGGGAACAGCUAGGAAUGGGUGUGCUUCACCAGCCAAAGGGGGAGCACGAAUUUGCACUCUAUAAAUAG